UAUCAAACCUAAGCGUAUUUGGUAUUAAUGUGUCAUUUCUUUUUUUCUUUUUUUAUAUUUGUUAAUAGCACGUGUGAUGGACUUUAAUUUCUUUCAUAACAAUAACAUUCUUGCAACCGAAUAAAAAACGUGUUUGAUAGACAUAAAUAAAAACUUUAAUUGGAUUUCUUUUCACAGUUUAAAAUCUGGUUAUCUUGAUCUUUGAAUUUUGAAAACAUUUCUCGGAAUCAUGAAUAAGUAUAUAUAUACACAUUUUUUUCGUUUCGCUCAGCAUCGACCGAAAUGAGUAAUAUAUUUAUUCACAGUAUAUAUUCACUGUAACGGUAAAAUAUUACGCGUUUCCCAAAGUUAAUUUUGUUUUGUUUAACUUGUCCUUACUCUUUGUCAUCUAUAUUAUUAUUACUACUAUUUGUUAUUUUUAAAUAUCCCGCGCGUCAGAAGUUGUAGAUGGUGUACGCGUCACUAGCAGACGACACGAACCUCAUGUUCGACGACGCCGGAUUGCCGCUGAAAAGAAACGCCAGAGAAAAGAUUGCGGCGAGCUUGAGCGAACAUCGUGCUGCGACACGAGAAUUUCUCCGCCAAAAACGCGUUACAAUACAGUGUUACUUUCGACCAAUAUUAAGUAAAUAAAUUGUGUUCUUUUUGUUAAUACUGUUUUCUUAGUGAUUUACCAGCCUAUCUUGGGAUUAAUUUGUUUCCAUCGAUUGGUUGAUUAUCAAUUUCAUCGACAAUUCAACGAUUGAUAUUAUCAUGGAAUCGAACAACGAGUUUUCCCUUCCAUCCGCUGCUGAGACCAAAAUCAUCCGCCUUCAACUGACGUCAGCUGACUCCAGUCCCAACGACACGAUUCCAGUCUUAACAGAAGAAGCCUCCGGACUUGUCCUUCUCCGAAAAGAAGAACUAGAAGGAAUACUCUCAUCCCUUGAGUCUACUAACACGCGACUCAAAGAGGCCCUCCAACACGCGGAUAACCUUCAAAAGGAAUAUAACGCGUUACUGUCAACGCCUUCCAGGAGUAACACUUCUAACGAAGGACUUGUACAAGCACUUCUAGAGCAAUCUAAAGAGCGUCAGAACAUGUACGAGAAACUGGAAGCCACUCAAGUUAAACUACAGAAAUCUCAAGAAAAAGUCGAAGAACUCCAAACGGAACUUACCGCGUUUAAUUACGAUUGGGACAACCUACUCGCCGAUCACAAAAAAAUCCAACCAUUGGCCAAGCUGAGUAAUCGCUAUAAAAAUUACUUCACUCAGAAAUUAAGCGAGGUCUACCACGCUCAGGCCCAGCUUCGAGAACCAGCCCUAAGGCCCAAACCACCUCCUGGUUGCCUCAACUGCGGCGGGAGAGGACACCCACACUAUACUUGCCCAAAAGAGUACAACGGUAAAUUUUGCCAAGAAUGUAAUUGCACCGACUUCUCCACGCGCGAGUGCCCCUGGCCGCACUUCGCCAAUGCCGAACCCAGUUUGCCAGAACACCUCAAGUGUAGAAGAUGCAGGUCACCGAGAAACAUGCCGGACCCUCAUUGUUCACUGUGCCGAAAGCAAUUGGUGGAAAAGGCAAUUACUAUGCGAAGAAAGGUUGCUUUAGAAAUCGAAGCCGACUACAACCACCAACCAUUUGUAGCAACUAAUAUCAGACCCUCAGGAUUGUCUCAAACGCGUUCAGCGCGACCGCCAGGACCUUCUGGACUUAAUACCAUAAGACCAUUAGGCCCAACAGUAGAAAUAGUAUCAACAACCGGUAGCUCUUCUGAAGACGACAUGGAAUCGGUAUCCACCCAGCUCAAUCACCUCGUUAUGAGCAAUCAGUCAAACGUCAAGGAAAAAGAAGAAACCGAAACUGCACCAACAGGGGCUUCCAAAGAGGAGAGCAGUUCCCCGCCGAACCUUUAGUGCCGCGUUAUUUCAAAACAUUAUACUAGUUACAAAAAGCAGUUUUCUUUUUUACCAAAGUGUUUCCAAAAAAAAAAAAUAUAUAUAUGUUUAUUUAGUCUUAUCCUUUUAUCACGCGUUCAUCUCAGUUUUAUUUACUCCACGAAAGCAUUGCUAAAACUACAUAGUCGCUCCUAUAAUUAAUAAAUUACAGUAUGUUGUGUGUAUGCUUAUAGGAAGUUAGAUGAGAUUACUUUAGUUAUCAUUAAUCAAAAAAAAAAGAAAAAAUUUUUUUGAGUGUAAGUCGCUAUUUUUUUUUAAACUUUUUUUAUUAUUGAAAUAUUAUUACCUUACUUUAAAUACUUUCAGACGAAUAGAUGCCGGACGAUUGAUCGGGCUCGAUAACAAAGAGUAACUACAAUUUAGUUAGGGGGAAUGUAACGGUAAAAUAUUACGCGUUUCCCAAAGUUAAUUUUGUUUUGUUUAACUUGUCCUUACUCUUUGUCAUCUAUAUUAUUAUUACUACUAUUUGUUAUUUUUAAAUAUCCCGCGCGUCAGAAGUUGUAGAUGGUGUACGCGUCACUAGCAGACGACACGAACCUCAUGUUCGACGACGCCGGAUUGCCGCUGAAAAGAAACGCCAGAGAAAAGAUUGCGGCGAGCUUGAGCGAACAUCGUGCUGCGACACGAGAAUUUCUCCGCCAAAAACGCGUUACAAUACAGUGUUACUUUCGACCAAUAUUAAGUAAAUAAAUUGUGUUCUUUUUGUUAA